AUGUUAGGUAAAUCACCUGUUAUUAAGAUCGUACUUUUUGGUAUUUUUGCUUUUGGUAUUGGUGUUAUUGUUCUAAAUGCUAUUUCAUAUGGUCGACGUCAAAAUGAUCUUAAUCUAAAUGAAAAACAUAAUCGAUUAGGAAUGUCAAGUCAUGAUACUGACGAAACAAUUGCUAGUAAAACUGGUUCUAAAUCGACAAGAUUACCUAUGAAAAAAAUAGAUAUUUUUAAAAUACCUAUUCGAACAUAUAAAAUACCAUUGAAUAAUGAAACACAUAAAAAUAUUCUUGUUCAUGAAUCUGGUACAGGAGAUCGACAUGUACUUCUACUUCAUAGUAAAAAAUAUUCGUCUGAAAUAUGGAAGAAAAUUGGUACACUUCAAUAUUUAAGUAGUUGGGGUUAUCGAGCAUUUGCUAUUAAUAUUCCACUUAGUGAAAAUAAAACAUUACUUUUCAAUGAAAAUAAAGCAAUAGUACAAUGGUUUAAAAAACUUAUUAAAACAUUACAAUUAUCAAAUUUAGUUAUUAUUAGUCCAUCUAUAAGUGGUCGAUUAACAUUACCUUAUAUGUUUAAUUUAAAUAAACAACAAGAAUUAAUACGAGGUUUUGUUUAUAUUUCUCCAAUUGGAACAGAACAAUAUAAUAUAUCGAAAUAUGAAGAAAUUGAAAUUCCAACAUUAAUUGUUUAUGGUAAACAAGAUACAAAAUUUUUAUCAGCAUUUGAAAUUCUUAAAAAAAUUCCUACAAGUGAAGUUUUAUUAAUUAAAAAUGGUUCACAUGAUUGUUAUUAUGAAUAUCCAGAUAAAUUUCAUCAUGGACUUCGACGAUUUCUUGAUAAAAUUUAUCGAAUAAAUUAUCAAAAAAUUCGUAAAUUUUCAAAAAAAGAAAAUUUUUCUUCUUAUAUAAAAAAAUCACAAGAAAAACAAAAGCAAUAA